AUGUUCUCCUUCCCGCUCUUCCAAGAAUACAGCACCUGGCAUUUUCCGUUUUCCCUUCUCACUUUCAAGCUUACAUGUUCAAGUAUUCUCCACUUCCCGCUCUUCCAAGAAUACAGCACCUGGCAUUUCCGUUUUCCCCGCUUCUUUCAAGCUUACAUCAUAAUGUUAUUCUCCACUUCCCGCUCUUCCAAGAAUACAGCACCUGGCAUUUCCGUUUUCCCUUCUCUAAUUAUCAUCAUCAAGUAUUCUCCACUUCCCGUUCUUCCAAGAAUACAGCACCUGGCAUUUCCGUUUUCCCCACUUUCAAGCUUACAUCAUCAAGUAUUCUCCACUUCCCGCUCUUCCAAGAAUACAGCACCUGGCAUUUCCGUUUUCCCACACUCAUUUUACAUCAUCAAGUAUUCUCUACUUCCCGCUCUUCCAAGAAUACAGCACCUGUUUUCCCUUUUAUUUCCGUUUUCCCGCACUUUCAUUUUCCCUUCCAUCAUCAAGUAUUCUCCACUUCCGCUCUUCCAAGAAUACAGCACCUGGUUAUUUCCUUUUUCCCGCACUUUCAACUUACAUCAUCAAGUAUUCUCUUCACUUCCCGCUCUUCCAAGAAUACAGCACCUGGCAUUUCCGUUUUCCCGCCUUUCAAGCUUACAUCAUCAAGUAUUCUCCACUUCCCGCUCUUCUCAAGAAUACAGCACCUGGCAUUUCCGUUUUCCCCUUUUCAAAUUACAUCAUCAAGUAUUCUCCACUUCCCGCUCUUCAAGAAUACAGCACCUGGCAUUUCCGUUUUCCCGCACUUUAUCAAUGACAUCAUCAAGUAUUCUCCACUUCCCGCUCUUCCAAGAAUACAGCACCUGGCAUUUCCGUUUUCCCGCUACUUUCAAGCUUACAUCAUCAAGUAUUCUCUCCUUCCCGCUCUUCCAAGAAUACAGCACCUGGCAUUUCCGUUUUCCCGUUUACAUCAUCAAGUAUAAACUCUUCAAGCAUGGUUAUCUCCCUUUUUCCCGCACUUUUUUCCUUUUUACAUCAUCAAGUAUUCUCCACUUCCCGCUCUUCAAGAAUACAGCACCUGGCAUUUCCGUUUUCCCCACUUUCAAGCUUACAUCAUCAAGUGUUCUCCACUUCGCUCUUCCAAGAAUACAGCACCUGUAUUCUCAUUUCCGUUUUCCCGCACUUUCAAGCUUCACAUCAUCAAGUAUUCUCCACUUCCCGCUCUUCCAAGAAUACAGCACCUGGCAUUUCCGUUUUCCCUCUUUAGCACUUUCAAGCUUACAUCAUCAAGUAUUCUCCACUUCCCGCUCUUCCAAGAAUACAGCACCUGGCAUUUCCGUUUUCCCGCACUUUCAAGCUUACAUCAUCAAGUAUUCUCCACUUCCCGCUCUUCCAAGAAUACAGCACCUGGCAUUUCCGUUUUCCCCACUUUCAAGCUUACAUCAUCAAGUAUUCUCCACUUCCCGCUCUUCAAGAAUACAGCACCUGGCAUUUCCGCACUUUUCCCGCUCUUUAAAGAAUACAGCACCUUCAUUUCCGUUUUUCAUCAAGUAUUCAACUUCCCGCUCUUCAAGAAUACAGCACCUGGCAUUUCCGUUUUCCCUUCUUUCACUUACAAUCAUCAUAUUCUCCAUCUCUUCCAAGAAUACAGCACCUGGCAUUUUCCGUUUUCCCGUAUUUCCCACUCAUUUCCGUUUCUCCAACACAUCAUCAAGUAUUUUCCUUCGCUCUUCCAAGAAUACAGCACCUGGCAUUUCCGUUUUCCCCACUUUCAAGCUUACAUCAUCAAGUAUUCUCCACUUCCCGCUCUUCCAAGAAUACAGCACCUGGCAUUUUCGUUUUCCCCACUUUCUAGCUUACAUCAUCAAGUAUUUCCACUUCCCGCUCUUCCAAGAAUACAGCACCUGGCAUUUCCGUUUUCCCGCACUUUCAAGCUUACAUCAUCAAGUAUUCUCCACUUCCCGCUCUUCCAAGAAUACAGCACCUGGCAUUUCCGUUUUCCCGCACUUUCAAGCUUACAUCAUCAAGUAUUCUCUACUUCUCACAAGAAUACAGCACCUGGCAUUUCGUUUUCCCGCUUACAUCAUCAGUAUUCUUCUUCAAGAAUACAGCACCUGGCAUUUAAUUUUUUCCCGCACUUUCAAGCUUACAUCAUCAAGUAUUCUCCACUUCCCGCUCUUCCAAGAAUACAGCACCUGGCGUUUUUCCGUUUUCCGCACUUUCAAGCUUACAUCAUCAAGUCAUCAUCAAGUAUUCUCCACUUCCCGCUCUUCCAAGAAUACAGCACCUGGCAUUUCCGUUUUCCCGCACUUUCAAGCUUACAUCAUCAAGUAUUCUCCACUUCGCUCUUCCAAGAAUACAGCACCUGGCAUUUUCCGUUUUCGUACUUUUUUCAUCAAGUAUUCUCCACUUUCAAGCACUUUCAGCUUACAUCAUCAAGUAUUCUCCACUUCCCGCUCUUCCAAGAAUACAGCACCUGGCAUUUCCGUUUUCCCGCACUUUCAAGCUUACAUCAUCAAGUAUUCUCCACUUCCCGCUCUUCCAAGAAUACAGCACCUGGCAUUUCCGUUUUCCCACUUUCAAGCUUACAUCAUCAAGUAUUCUCCACUUCCCGCUCUUCCAAGAAUACAGCACCUGGCAUUUCCGUUUUCCCGCACUUUCAAGCUUACAUCAUCAAGUAUUCUCCACUUCCCGCUCUUCCAAGAAUACAGCACCUGGCAUUUCCGUUUUUCCCCUUUCAAGCUUACAUCAUCAAGUAUUCUCCACUUCCCGCUCUUCCAGAAUACAGCACCUGGCAUUUCCGUUUUCCCUUCCCGCUCUUUCAACCUGGCAUUUCCAAUACAGCACCUGGCAUUUCCGUUUUCCCGCACUUUCAAGCUUACAUCAUCAAGUAUUCUCCACUUCCCGCUCUUCCAAGAAUACAGCACCUGGCAUUUCCGUUUUCCCCACUUUCAAGCUUACAUCAUCAAGUAUUCUCCACUUCCCGCUCUUCCAGAAUACAGCACCUGGCAUUUCCGUUUUCUCUUUCAAUGUUUUAAUGUUUCAUCAAGUAUUCUCCACUUCCCGCUCUUCCAAGAAUACAGCACCUGGCAUUUCCGUUUUCCCUUUCAAGCUUACAUCAUCAAUAUUCUCUACUUCGCUCUUCAAGAAUACAGCACCUGGCAUUUCCGUUUUCCCGCACUUUCAAGCUUACAUCAUCAAGUAUUCUCCACUUCCCGCUCUUCCAAGAAUACAGCACCUGGCAUUUCCGUUUUCCCUUUCAAGCUUAUCAUCAUCAAGUAUUCUCUACUUCCCGCUCUUCCAAGAAUACAGCACCUGGCAUUUCCGUUUUCCUGCACUUUCAAGCUUACAUCAUCAAGUAUUCUCCACUUCCCGCUCUUCCAAGAAUACAGCACCUGGCAUUUCCGUUUUCCCGCACUUUCAAGCUUACAUCAUCAAGUAUUCUCCACUUCCCGCUCUUCCAAGAAUACAGCACCUGGCAUUUCCGUUUUCCCCUUCUUUCAAGCUUACAUCAUCAAGUAUUCUCCACUUCCCGCUCUUCCAAGAAUACAGCACCUGGCAUUUCCGUUUUCCCGCACUUUAAUUACAUCAUCAAGUAUUCUCCACUUCCCGCUCUUCCAAGAAUACAGCACCUGGCAUUUCCGUUUUCCCGCACUUUCAAGCUUACAUCAUCAAGUAUUCUCCACUUCCCGCUCUUCCAAGAAUACAGCACCUGGCAUUUCCGUUUUCCUGCACUUUCAAAUUUUCCACUUUCAGCUUACAUCAAGUAUUCUCCACUUCCCGCUCUUCCAAGAAUACAGCACCUGGCAUUUCCGUUUUCCCGCACUUUCAAGCUUACAUCAUCAAGUAUUCUCUACUUCCCGCUCUUCCAAGAAUACAGCACCUGGCAUUUCCGUUUUUCCCCACUUUCAAGCUUACAUCAUCAUGUAUUCUCCACUUCCCGCUCUUCAAGAAUACAGCACCUGGCAUUUCCCGUUUUCCCGCACUUUCAAGCUUACAUCAUCAAGUAUUCUCCACUUCCCGCUCUUCAAGAAUACAGCACCUGGCAUUUCCGUUUUCCCGCACUUUCAAGCUUACAUCAUCAAGUAUUCUCCACUUCCCGCUCUUCCAAUAAUACCUGGCACCUGGCAUUCUUUCUUCUUUUCCUGGCACUUUCAAGCUUACAUCAUCAAGUAUUCUCCACUUCCCGCUCUUCCAAGAAUACAGCACCUGGCAUUUCCGUUUUCCCGCACUUUCAAGCUUACAUCAUCAAGUAUUCUCCACUUCCCGCUCUUCCAAGAAUACAGCACCUGGCAUUUCCGUUUUCCCGCACUUUCAAGCUUACAUCAUCAAGUAUUCUCCACUUCCCGCUCUUCCAAGAAUACAGCACCUGGCAUUUCCGUUUUCCCGCACUUUCAAGCUUACAUCAUCAAGUAUUCUCCACUUCCCGCUCUUCCAAGAAUACAGCACCUGGCAUUUCCGUUUUCCCCACUUUCAAGCUUACAUCAUCAAGUAUUCUCUACUUCCCGCUCUUCCAAGAAUACAGCACCCAUUUCCGGCACUUUCAAGCUUACAUCAUCGUUUUCCACUUCCCGCUCUUCAAGAAUCAGCACCUGGCAUUUCCGUUUUCCCACCCUUUCAUCACAUCAUCAAUUCUCUACUUCCCGCUCUUCCAAGAAUACAGCACCUGGCAUUUCCGUUUUCCCGCACUUUCAAGCUUACAUCAUCAAGUAUUCUCUACUUCCCGCUCUUCCAAGAAUACAGCACCUGGCAUUUCCGUUUUACGGCACCUUUUCCCACUUUCAAGCUUACAUCAUCAAGUAUUCUCUACUUCCCGCUCUUCCAAGAAUACAGCACCUGGCAUUUCCGUUUUUCCCGCACUUUCAAGCUUACAUCAUCAAGUAUUCUCUACUUCUCUCUUCCCAGCACCUCAUUUCCGUUUUUCCCUUUACUUACAUCAUCAAGUAUUUCCGCUCUUUUCCAGCACCUGGCAUUUCCGUUUUCACUUUCAAGCUUACAUCAUCAAGUAUUCUCCACUUCCCGCUCUUCCAAGAACCAGCACCUGGCAUUUCCGUUUUCUUUCAAGCUUACAUCAUCAAGUAUUCUCACUUCCCGCUCUUUUCGUUUUCCUGGCAUUUCCGUUUUCCCCUUUCAAGCUUACAUCAUCAAUUCUCCUUCCCGCUCUUCUCCACCUGGCAUUCCCGUUUUGCUUUCUUCAUCAAUUCUCUACUUCCCUCUUCAAGAAUACAGCACCUGGCAUUUCCGUUUUCCCGCACUUUCAAGCUUACAUCAUCAAGUAUUCUCCACUUCCCGCUCUUCCAAGAAUACAGCACCUGGCAUUUCCGUUUUCCCGCACUUUCAAGCUUACAUCAUCAAGUAUUCUCCACUUCCCGCUCUUCCAAGAAUACAGCACCUGGCAUUUCCGUUUUCCCGCACUUUCAAGCUUACAUCAUCAAGUAUUUCUCCACUUCCCGCUCUUCAAGAAUACAGCACCUGGCAUUUCCGUUUUCCCGCACUUUCAAGCUUACAUCAUCAAGUAUUCUCCACUUCCCGCUCUUCCAAGAAUACAGCACCUGGCAUUUCCGUUUUCCCCACUUUCAAGCUUACAUCAUCAAGUAUUCUCCACUUCCCGCUUUUCCAAGAAUACAGCACCUGGCAUUUCCGUUUUCCCGCACUUUCAAGCUUACAUCAUCAAGUAUUCUCCACUUCCCGCUCUUCCAAGAAUACAGCACCUGGCAUUUCCGUUUUCCCGCACUUUCAAGCUUACAUCAUCAAGUAUUCUCUACUUCCCGCUCUUCCAAGAAUACAGCACCUGGCAUUUCCGUUUUCCCGCACUUUCAAGCUUACAUCAUCAAGUAUUCUCCACUUCCCGCUCUUCCAAGAAUACAGCACCUGGCAUUUCCGUUUUCCGCACUUUCAAGCUUACAUCAUCAAGUAUUCUCUACUUCCGCUCUUCCAAGAAUACAGCACCUGGCGUUUUCCGUUUCCGCACUUUCAAGCUUACAUCAUCAAGUAUUCUCUACUUCCCGCUCUUCCAAGAAUACAGCACCUGGCAUUUCCGUUUUCCCGCACUUUCAAGCUUACAUCAUCAAGUAUUCUCUACUUCCCGCUCUUCCAAGAAUACAGCACCUGGCAUUUCCGUUUUCCCGCACUUUCAAGCUUACAUCAUCAAGUACAGCAUUCGUUUUCCACUUCCCGCUCUUCCAAGAAUACAGCACCUGGCAUUUCCGUUUUUCCCGCACUUUCAAGCUUACAUCAUCAAGUAUUCUCCACUUCCCGCUCUUCCAAGAAUACAGCACCUGGCAUUUCCGUUUUUCCCGCACUUUCAAGCUUACAUCAUCAAGUAUUCUCUACUUCCCGCUCUUCAAGAAUACAGCACCUGGCAUUUCCGUUUUCCCGCACUUUCAAGCUUACAUCAUCAAGUAUUCUCCACUUCCCGCUCUUCCAAGAAUACAGCACCUGGCAUUUCCGUUUUCCCGCACUUUCAAGCUUACAUCAUCAAGUAUUCUCCACUUCCCGCUCUUCCAAGAAUACAGCACCUGGCAUUUCCGUUUUCCCGCACUUUCAAGCUUACAUCAUCAAGUAUUCUCUACUUCCCGCUCUUCCAAGAAUACAGCACCUGGCAUUUCCGUUUUCCCGCACUUUCAAGCUUACAUCAUCAAGUAUUCUCCACUUCCCGCUCUUCCAAGAAUACAGCACCUGGCAUUUCCGUUUUCCCGCACUUUCAAGCUUACAUCAUCAAGUAUUCUCCACUUCCCGCUCUUCCAAGAAUACAGCACCUGGCAUUUCCGUUUUCCCGCACUUUCAAGCUUACAUCAUCAAGUAUUCUCCACUUCCCGCUCUUCCAAGAAUACAGCACCUGGCAUUUCCGUUUUCCCGCACUUUCAAGCUUACAUCAUCAAGUAUUCUCCACUUCCCGCUCUUCCAAGAAUACAGCACCUGGCAUUUCCGUUUUCCCGCACUUUCAAGCUUACAUCAUCAAGUAUUCUCCACUUCCCGCUCUUCCAAGAAUACAGCACCUGGCAUUUCCGUUUUUCCCCUUUCAGCUUACAUCAUCAAGUAUUCUCUACUUCCCGCUCUUCAGAAUACAGCACCUGGCAUUUCCGUUUUCCCGCACUUUUUCUUACAUCAUCUAUUCUUCCUUCCGCUCUUCCAAGAAUACAGCACCUGGCAUCAAGCUUUCCGUUUUCCCGCACUUUCCACUUCCCGCUCUUAGAAUCAUCACCUGGCAUUUCCGUACUUUCAUCAUCAAGUAUUCUCCCGCUCUUCCAAGAAUACAGCACCUGGCAUUUCCGUUUUCCACUUUCAAGCUUUACAUCAUCAAGUAUUCUCUACUUCGCUCUUCAAGAAUACAGCACCUGGCAUUUCCGUUUUUCUUUCAACUUACAUCAUCAAGUAUUCUCUUCCCGCUCUUCAAGAAUACAGCACCUGGCAUUUCCGUUUUCCCGCACUUUCAAGCUUACAUCAUCAAGUAUUCUCUACUUCCGCUCUUCAAGAAUACAGCACCUGGCAUUUCCGUUUUCCCGCACUUUCAAGCUUACAUCAUCAAGUAUUCUCCACUUCCCGCUCUUCCAAGAAUACAGCACCUGGCAUUUCCGUUUCCCGCACUUUCAAGCUUACAUCAUCAAGUAUUCUCCACUUCCCGCUCUUCCAAGAAUACAGCACCUGGCAUUUACGUUUUCCCGCACUUUCAAGCUUACAUCAUCAAGUAUUCUCCACUUCCCGCUCUUCCAAGAAUACAGCACCUGGCAUUUCCGUUUUCCCGCACUUUCAAGCUUACAUCAUCAAGUAUUCUCUACUUCCCGCUCUUCCAAGAAUACAGCACCUGGCAUUUCCGUUUUCCCGCACUUUCAAGCUUACAUCAUCAAGUAUUCUCUACUUCCCUGGCUCUUCAAGAAUACAGCACCUGGCACCUGGCAUUUCCGUUUUCCCGCACUUUCAAGCUUACAUCAUCAAGUAUUCUCCACUUCCCGCUCUUCCAAGAAUACAGCACCUGGCAUUUCCGUUUUCCCGCACUUUCAAGCUUACAUCAUCAAGUAUUCUCCACUUCCCGCUCUUCCAAGAAUACAGCACCUGGCCUUUCCGUUUUCCCGCACUUUCAAGCUUACAUCAUCAAGUAUUCUCCACUUCCCGCUCUUCCAAGAAUACAGCACCUGGCAUUUCCGUUUUUCCCGCACUUUCAAGCUUACAUCAUCAAGUAUUUCUCCACUUCCGCUCUUCCAAGAAUACAGCACCUGGCAUUUCCGUUUUCCCGCACUUUCAAGCUUACAUCAUCAAGUAUUCUCCACUUCCCGCUCUUCCAAGAAUACAGCACCUGGCAUUUCCGUUUUUCCCGCACUUUCAAGCUUACAUCAUCAAGUAUUCUCCACUUCCCGCUCUUCCAAGAAUACAGCACCUGGCAUUUCCGUUUUCCCGCACUUUCAAGCUUACAUCAUCAAGUAUUCUCUACUUCCCGCUCUUCCAAGAAUACAGCACCUGGCAUUUCCGUUUUCCCCACUUUCAAGCUUACAUCAUCAAGUAUUCUCCACUUCCCGCUCUUCCAAGAAUACAGCACCUGGCAUUUCCGUUUUCCCGCACUUUCAAGCUUACAUCAUCAAGUAUUCUCCACUUCCCGCUCUUCCAAGAAUACAGCACCUGGCAUUUCCGUUUUCCCGCUUACAUCAUCUUUCACUUCCCGCUCUUCAAGAAUACACAUCAUCAAGUAUUCUCCACUUCCCGCUCUUCCAAGAAUACAGCACCUGGCAUUUCCGUUUUCCCGCACUUUCAAGCUUACAUCAUCAAGUAUUCUCCACUUCCCGCUCUUCCAAGAAUACAGCACCUGGCAUUUCCGUUUUCCCGCACUUUCAAGCUUACAUCAUCAGUAUUCUCUACUUCCCGCUCUUCAAGAAUACAGCACCUGGCAUUUCCGUUUUCCCGCACUUUCAAGCUUACAUCAUAUUCUCCACUUCCCGCUCUUCCAAGAAUACAGCACCUGGCAUUUCCGUUUUCCCGUAUUCUUACAUCAUCAAGUAUUCUCCACUUCCCGCUCUUCCAAGAAUACAGCACCUGGCAUUUCCGUUUUCCCGCACUUUCAAGCUUACAUCAUCAAGUAUUCUCCACUUCCCGCUCUUCCAAGAAUACAGCACCUGGCAUUUCCGUUUCCCACUUUCAAGCUUACAUCAUCAAGUAUUCUCCACUUCCCGCUCUUCCAAGAAUACAGCACCUGGCAUUUUCCGUUUUUCCCGCACUUUCAAGCUUACAUCAUCAAGUAUUCUCCACUUCCCGCUCUUCCAAGAAUACAGCACCUGGCAUUUCCGUUUUCCCGCACUUUCAAGCUUACAUCAUCAAGUAUUCUCCACUUCCCGCUCUUCAAGAAUACAGCACCUGGCAUUUCCGUUUUCCCGCACUUUCAAGCUUACAUCAUCAAGUAUUCUCCACUUCCCGCUCUUCCAAGAAUACAGCACCUGGCAUUUCCGUUUUCCCGCACUUUCAAGCUUACAUCAUCAAGUAUUCUCUACUUCCCGCUCUUCCAAGAAUACAGCACCUGGCAUUUCCGUUUUCCCGCACUUUCAAGCUUACAUCAUCAAGUAUUCUCCACUCAAGAAUCCCGCUCUUCUUCAAGAAUACAGCACCUGGCAUUUCCGUUUUCCCGCACUUUCAAGCUUACAUCAUCAAGUAUUCUCCACUUCCCGCUCUUCCAAGAAUACAGCACCUGGCAUUUCCGUUUUCCCGCACUUUCAAGCUUACAUCAUCAAGUAUUCUCCACUUCCCGCUCUUCCAAGAAUACAGCACCUGGCAUUUCCGUUUUCCCGCACUUUCAAGCUUACAUCAUCAAGUAUUCUCCACUUCCCGCUCUUCCAAGAAUACAGCACCUGGCAUUUCCGUUUUCCCGCACUUUCAAGCUUACAUCAUCAAGUAUUCUCCACUUCCGCUCUUCCAAGAAUACAGCACCUGGCAUUUCCGUUUUCCCGUACUUUCAAGCUUACAUCAUCAAGUAUUCUCCACUUCCCGCUCUUCCAAGAAUACAGCACCUGGCAUUUCCGUUUUCCCGCACUUUCAAGCUUACAUCAUCAAGUAUUCUCCACUUCCCGCUCUUCCAAGAAUACAGCACCUGGCAUUUCCGUUUUCCCGUACUUUCAAGCUUACAUCAUCAAGUAUUCUCCACUUCCCGCUCUUCCAAGAAUACAGCACGCAUUUCCGGCAGCUUUUCGUUUUCCCGCUCUUUCAUCAUUUACGUUUCAUCAAGUAUUCUCCACUUCCCGCUCUUCCAAGAAUACAGCACCUGGCAUUUCCGUUUUCCCGCACUUUCAAGCUUACAUCAUCAAGUAUUCUCCACUUCCCUCUUCCAAGAAUACAGCACCUGGCAUUUUCCGUUUCCCCACUUUCAAGCUUACAUCAUCAGUAUUCUCUACUUCCCGCUCUUCCAAGAACAGCACCUGGCAUUUCCGUUUUCGCACUUUCAAGCUUACAUCAUCAAGUAUUCUCCACUUCCCGCUCUUCCAAGAAUACAGCACCUGGCAUUUCCGUUUUCCGUCUUUCAAGCUUACAUCAUCAAGUAUCAUCCACUUCCCGCUCUUCCAAGAAUACAGCACCUGGCAUUUCCGUUUUCCCGUACUUUCAAGCUUACAUCAUCAAGUAUUCUCUACUUCCCGCUCUUCAAGAAUACAGCACCUGGCAUUUCCGUUUUCCCGUAUUUCAAGCUUACAUCAAGUAUUCUCCACUUCCCGCUCUUCCAAGAAUACAGCACCUGGCAUUUCCGUUUUCCCGUACUUUCAAGCUUACAUCAUCAAGUAUUCUCUUCCCGCUCUUCCAAGAAUACAGCACCUGGCAUUUCCGUUUUCCCGCACUUUCAAGCUUACAUCAUCAAGUAUUCUCUGGCUCUUCCAAGAAUACAGCACCUGGCAUUUUCCGCACUUUCAAGCUUACAUCAUCAAGUAUUCUCCACUUCCAAGAAUACAGCACCUGGCAUUUUCCGUUUUCCCGCACUUUCAAGCUUACAUCAUCAAGUAUUCUCUACUUCCCGCUCUUCCAAGAAUACAGCACCUGGCAUUUCCGUUUUUCCCGCACUUUCAGCUUACAUCAUCAAGUAUUCUCCACUUCCCGCUCUUCCAAGAAUACAGCACCUGGCAUUUCCGUUUUCCCGCACUUUCAAGCUUACAUCAUCAAGUAUUUCACUUCCCGCUCUUCCAGAAUACAGCACGUUUUUCCGUGGUAUUCUCCACUUCCCGCUCUUCAAGAAUACAGCACCUGGCAUUUCCGUUUUCCCGCACUUUCAAGCUUACAUCAUCAAGUAUUUUCCACUUCCCGCUCUUCCAAGAAUACAGCACCUGGCACGUUUUUCUUUCCACAUCAUCAAGUAUUUCCCGCUCUUCAAGAAUACAGCACCUGGCAUUUCCGUUUCCCGCCUUACAUCAUCAUCAAGUAUUCUCCACUUCCCGCUCUUCCAAGAAUACAGCACCUGGCAUUUCCCUUUUCCCGUACUUUCAAGCUUACAUCAUCAAGUAUUCUCCACUUCCCGCUCUUCCAAGAAUACAGCACCUGGCAUUUCCGUUUUCCCGUAUUUCAAGCUUACAUCAUCAAGUAUUCUCCACUUCCCGCUCUUCCAAGAAUACAGCACCUGGCAUUUCCCUUUUCCCGUACUUUCAAGCUUACAUCAUCAAGUAUUCUCCACUUCCCGCUCUUCCAAGAAUACAGCACCUGGCAUUUCCGUUUCCCGCACUUUCAAGCUUACAUCAUCGUAAGAAUACAGCACCUGGCAUUUCCGUUUUUUCAAGCUUACAUCAUCAUCUCCACUUCCCGCUCUUAUUCACCUGGCUUUUCCCGCUCUUCCAAGAAUACAGCUUACCUGGCAUUUCCUUUUCGUGGCAUUUUCAAGCUUACAUCAUCAAGUAUUCUCCACUUCCCGCUCUUCAAGAAUACAGCACCUGGCAUUUCCGUUUUCCCGUAUUUCAAGCUUACAUCAUCAAGUAUUCUCCACUUCCCCUCUUCCAAGAAUACAGCACCUGGCAUUUCCGUUUUCCCGUACUCAAGCUUACAUCAUCAAGUAUUCUCCACUUCCCGCUCUUCCAAGAAUACAGCACCUGGCAUUUCCGUUUUCCCGUACUUUCAAGCUUACAUCAUCAAGUAUUCUCCACUUCCGCUCUUCCAAGAAUACAGCACCUGGCAUUUCCCGUUUUUCCCGUAUUUCAAGCUUACAUCAUCAAGUAUUUUCCACUUCCCGCUCUUCCAAAGAAUACAGCACCUGGCAUUUUCCUUUUCCCGUACUUUCAAGCUGCCACAUCAUCAAGUAUUCUCCACUUCCCGCUCUUCCAAGAAUACAGCACCUGGCAUUUCCCUUUCCCGUCUUUUCAAGCUUACAUCAUCAAGUAUUCUCCACUUCCCGCUCUUCCAAGAAUACAGCACCUGGCAUUUCCCUUUCCCCGUACUUUCAAGCUUACAUCAUCAAGUAUUCUCCACUUCCCGCUCUUCCAAGAAUACAGCACCUGGCAUUUCCUUUUCCCGUACUUUCAAGCUUACAUCAUCAAGUAUUCUCCACUUCCCGCUCUUCCAAGAAUACAGCACCUGGCAUUUCCGUUUUCCCGUAUUUCAAGCUUACAUCAUCAAGUAUUUCCUACUUCCCGCUCUUCAAGAAUACAGCACCUGGCAUUUCCUUUUCCCGUACUUUCAAGCUUACCCAUCAUCAAGUAUUCUCCACUUCCCGCUCUUCAAAUACAUCAUCUGGCAUUAUUUUUUUUCCCUACUUCCUUACAUUCAAGCUCUACAGCACCUGGCAUUUCCUUUUCCCGUACUUUUCAAGCAUCAUCAACAGUUCUCACUUCAUCAAAGAAUACAGCACCUGGCAUUUCCCUUUUCCCUCUUCAGCAUUUACAUCAUCGGUAUUCUUCACCUGGCUCUUUCCCAAUUUUUGGCAUUUCAAGCUUACAUCAUCAAAUUCCUAGUAUUUCCCACUCUUCCAAGAAUACAGCACCUGGCAUUUCCUUUUCCUGCAAUUUGCUUACAUCAUCUGUUUUCACUUCCCGCUCUUCCAAAAAAUACAGCACCUGGCAUUUCCCUUUUCCCGCUUACAUCAUCAAGUAUUCUCCACUUCCGCUCUUCCAAGAAUACAGCACCUGUCAUUUCGUUUCCCGUGUUUCAAAUCUUACAUCAUCAAGUAUUUUCCACUUAGCUCUUCCAAAAAUACAGCACCUGGCAUUUCCGUUUUCCGUACUUUCAGCUAACAUCAUCAAGUAUUCUCUACUUCCCGCUCUUCCAAGAAUACAGCACCUGGCAUUUCCCUUUUCCCCACACUUUCAAGCUUACAUCAUCGGUUUCCACCGCUCUUCCAAGAAUACAGCACCUGGCAUUUCCGUUUUCCGCACUUUCAAGCUUACAUCAUCAAGUAUUUUCCACUUCCUGCUCUUCUAA